AUGUCUUUAAUUCAAGACAUUUCCUCUGAAGUUUUUUCUAAUACCCCAAAAUCUCCAAAAUCUCCAUCUCUUCAAAGAUUUGAACGCCAAUUGGGAGGACAUAGCAAGUUAAUGGCCAUAAAUGAUGGUUCUAUGAUAGUCAAGCCGUGUAACGAAAUCGAAAGAGAUUUCUACGAGCUCAGCUAUAAUUCUUCGCUUUUGGAACAACAAGAAGAAUAUAUCAAUGAAGAAGAAACCAAUAAUGCAAGUGUGAACGCACAAGUUUUCAGGGAAAACAUGAAUAUCUCUGGGGUCGAAGAUAUCCUUAAUAUUUUUGUA